ACUCGGAUUAUGCAAAAUUCUUUUCCUGAUAAUAAAUACAAGUUUGGGUCAAUUGCAAGUGUUAUAAGUAUUCGCAUAUGACUUUUAAGUUUUGUCAUUUUAAUUGGCAAAUAUUAUCUUGGAUUUUAGAUAAUGUCGGUCAACUAUGGUGGCGAAAUGGGUGGAGCCAAGUGUCAUGGAGAUGAUAUUGGAAAAAUAGCAGGGGGGGUAUGCAAGUUCGCUGGAGCAAUGUUAAAUGAACUUCAGCCUCAGCAGCAACCUGGUGUUGCAGCUGCUUCCGGUUUGUGCAAAUUUACAGAAACAAUGUUAAAUGGACAGCAACCUCAGUCACAACCAUGUAAUGGAGGCAUGUCCAGCAGGCCAGGCUAUAGACAGGUCCCAGCGUGCCCAACAGCAACUUGUCACGGAGGAGCUUCAAGUAAACCAGGCGCAAAUAGAGUCAAGUGUAGAGGAGGUACGCCCAGUACACCAGUCAGUGGUAAAGCGCAUGCGCACAGUACAGGAAGUCAUCACAGAGCUGCUUCUGGAAAACAAGGCGCUAGCCGAGUACCAGCAAAUAAUCCUGCCACUUGUCAUGGAGGCUGGUCUGGUAAAGAAGGUGCAAGGAAAGUGCCGUGUCAUGGCGGCGCGUCCAGCACACGUGACACUUGCAAAGUCACGAAAUGCCUUGCAGUCAUUCCAGUACCAUUUGUACAGCAAACUGGUUUUCUCAGACACGGCAAGACAAUUAUGAUCUGCGGGGCUCCACAUCAAGACGCACGCAGGUUCACGGUUUACCUUCAACACGGGAAACACCACGAGCCUCCGCUUAUUGCCAUGAGUGUUGAUGCGAGGUUUACAUUCGGCAGCGAUCGCAACUGUUUGGCACGGAACCACAAACAAGACACAUGGGGUCAAACGGAGAGACGUAUCUCUUAUUUCCCUUUCAGGCCAAACGUUAAAUUUGAAAUGAUCAUUUUGGUUGAGCGUGAUUGCUUUAAGGUCGCUGUGAACAAUAAACACAUGUUUGAAUUCAAGCACAGGGUACAACCGCUAAACCGUAUCGACACACUCCGUAUUGAAGGUGACGUAAGGCUCACCGAGGUCCAGAUCCAAGGAUGAGAAGCAAGCACGGACACUUUACUCCUUUAUCAAGUGUUAAACACUGUUAUCAUACUCUAUCACUAACGUGUCGAAUUAGGCUUUUUGGUGUUUUGUUUUUCACUUUUUAAGGAACAUACCUCAAGAUAUUAAUUGCAUUAUCAAACUUUUAAAACCAGAUGGCAAAGUCUCUAAAGUAUCCAAACUCAUACAUCAAUAUUAUGUUGGUAUGAUAUAAAGUUAAGUCCUUCUAUCCUACAUCAUGCUUCUAAAUUAUAAUAAACGACGUAUUACUUUCAGAUCGCCCAUAUGCUUUCAUAAAUGUAUAUUGUCUAUUCAGUAAACACGUUUGGUUUUGAUAUUUAUCUAGCGUUAAAAAUAAUUAGAACUUCUUGCUUAGUUUCGUAAAAAUCGACUCAUUUUUAAAGAGACAAAACAAUUACUGUCUGUGAAAUGCGAAAAGCAUAAUCAUGGUAUUGUGUAUGAUAGAAUUAAUCCAAUUACAUUUUUUAUUUAGACAAACACUGCAAAAUUAUAUGAAUAACAAGUUUCAAUGUUUUGGAUUUCAUAUGUUAUAUAUAAGCAUGACUACUUAAUCUGCACGAAGUAUAGGUAAAAUCCAAACAGAAUUCUUGGAAGCAUUGAUCACUUACAACAAUAACAUACCAUAGAUGGAGUCAAGAAGACAGGAUCCGUUUGGCACGAAAGCUUAUUGUCAUAAUAUCAGUAUAAAAAGGGAGGGGAAUAUCGCGAACGUACGAAACAGUAGGCAUAACAUAAAACAAUAUGGACAAACUGUAACUUGAAAAUAGAGACAACGCCUUGGAACGGCCGAUAGACUUUAAAAGUAGGUAAUCAAAUUGUAGCCAGCAUAUCUUUUACCAUCAAUUCAACUUCUUGUUGAAAAAUAUAAACAACAUGUAACAAACAUUGUACAAGCAAUGUACAUAAAUACGCAUAUGUUCUGAAGUAUAUUCCUGUUAUACUACAAGAACUUCCCUUUGCUGGUAUAUUGAUGAGAUAUCAUUUUAAGAUACUUUCAUUACCUUAUAUGUUUUAUCAUUCUCGUCUUUCAUUCUAGGUAAUCAAUAUAAAUACCACUUGAAAUUUAUGUGAAAUAAAUAAUUUUUGUCA